UGUAUAAAAUAUUCUUGUUUGUGUGGACAUGGAAACAGAAAUGUCCUUUUGUGAGUGUCAACUACAAGCAAAGUGCAAAGCUGAGUUGGCUUUCCAAAGCCCACCAUUAUCGUCUCAACUAUUUUUAUGCCAACAGAGCUUCUCUUCUGGAACGAAACGAGUUAUCGUCAAAGCUGCAGUGACAGCGGAGAACAAGCUGGAUGGGACCGUGGAUCUGGACGAGAGACGCCUCAUCCGUUCAGCCAUCCGGGAGUUGAGAAGGAGGGAGAUUGAGGACAUAGAGGCCGCCCUGGCCACUAAGAGGUUUCGCCCUACACGACUCAGACAGCAGGAGGACAAAGAGAACCAGCACAGGUCAGAAUCCAGCGAGGCCUUAGAUGUCCUGUCAAACAAACUAAACACAAUCAGAGAUGUCGAUGAACUCACCAAGAUGCUCCGUGCCGCCGCUGACUACGAGGAGAGGAAGCUCAUUAGAGCAGCCAUCCGCCAAAUCAGAGAUGAACAACAACAACAAGGAGCCAUGGAGAGAGUUAAAGUCCCUGCUAGCAGGCUGGAGUCAGAGAGUCUGGAGUCCCAGAGCACUAAGGGGACUGCGAAGAGAGAGCAGGAGAUUCCAUUUGAACAAGAUCUCAAAUCUCAGAUCCGAGAGCUGCGUGGCCAGCAGACAAACCAAAGAAGAGAGCCACAGAAACCGGGCUCCAAAUCAGGCAUGGUGCUGGUUUUUGAUCACCUAGUGAAGGAGAGCUCUGGACCUCUUCUGAUCCAGCCGCAGAGAGAAGAAGUGCCGCCGGAGCCUGACCUGGUCCUGUCCCACAGGCCGAGAUCUGAUUCUGCAGCUUCAGACUGCAGUGUGGCCUCAUUGCUUUCCAGGUCCAAUAUGGAUUCUGUGGCCACAGAAAAGAGCCUGGGAUCGACCUACAGGGCCCGUUUAGACUCUGGAGCCUCUGACAGCAGCCAGGGCUCCUCCCAACGCAGCCGACAAGACUCGGGGGCAUCAGAGCGCAGCAUCACCUCCCAAUCUCACAUCAGGCAAAGACUGGACUCAGAUGUCUCAGAUUCUGCUAUCAGAGACAACAUUGGCUUGUUGUCAAGAAAGAGAAAUGACUCAGUGGCUUCAGACCAAAGUGUGAGUAUGUCCUCUGAGGAGAAGUGCCCGACGGAGGAAGGGGAGGUGGACACAAGUAUCUCAGCUCACGGUACUGACUCAGAAACCGAAAACAGAAGCCAGUGUGUAACCAACUUUCAGACUCAGCCCGACAAGGACCUUGUUGUCGACCAGGAUCUUCCAGAUGGGUCUGUCAUAUCUCGGGGAACUCCUGAAAAUGGCCCAGUCAAUGGUACUGCUGAGGGGAAACAAAAGAUAACUGAAGGUGAUUUGACCCUCACCAAUAGAAAGGACAAGUAUGCUGCACCUGAAAAGAAAGAUCUUGUGCUGGACCAGGCCAAGCGCACUAACUCUGUACGGGAUCGGAUGCGCAAGUUCAACGAGCCCAGUCAGAACAUAAACGUCUCAGCUUUGAAGAAGGGUCCUCUGAGCAGCAUUGGCCAGACAAACUUCUCCAGAGCUGCGCAGCUGUUUACACCCACUGCAACAUCCCUCAACUCCUCUGGUGACAGGCCCGCUUGGGUGCGCAUGGACUCCACAGCUCACACCUCUCUUGCAUCCAAGAGUCAGGCCACACCUCACAUCAGAGGUGUGGCUAACAAACCUCUGCCUUCAGCCGGCCAAUCCCAUGGCUCCAAGGGUGGUACGAACAAUCUGGCUGAGAAGAGUGGGCCCGUCUUGAGGGAUUCAAAGGACGACAGGACCCCAGGGAGAGAAGCUGGACAAGAGUGCACCAAAGAAGAGGCAGACCCAGACAUGAAGACUUUCCUCACCAUUGAGAUCAAAGAUGGGCGCACAAGUGCGUCACCUACAUCCACUCAAAGUGGCAACGUCAUCCCCAUCAACAUGACCCCACGCAUCACUGCUAAUGGUCUGGGGCAGAGAACAGAACUGACCCUUGGCCUCAGGGCAACACCAUUCAAGGUCUCCUCCUCCUCCAGUUUGUCUACUGGAUCCUCCAUCAAGAUGGAGACAGAGCCUCCCGUCGCUUCUGAGCCGGUGUUUUCCUCCGGUCCCUCUUUCCAGGUGGCAUGUCACAUCCCCACCAUCCCAAACGGUUCCACGGUCCAAAACAAGGCUGAGGAGUGUCAAGGAAAGCUGACCGCUGACCAGCUGGCUGCCAUUGAGGAUGAAGAAGUCCUUGAUAAAAUGCUUGAUGAGUGCAAAGAUUUUGAGGAGAGGAAAAUGAUCCGUGCAGCAAUGAGAGACCUUCGCAAAAAAAAGAGAGAGGCCAUGCUCGGAUGUACUCAAGAGGAAAUAGAUCAGAGAGAAAAAGAGCGUGAGACUCGCCUGCAGGAGCUUCGUCAGCAGAGAGACGAACGUGCACACAAAAAUCGUGCUGGGGUCGGAGCCGAAGAGGUGGUGAUGAGGAAAGUGGAAAAGUCAGCCGAUGGUUCCACCCUCAGCCAAGUCACCAAAACAGACCGUUUUGCACAGUCUGAUGAUGGCAGCAGAUCAAGUCGCAGCACAGUCGUAGAGGCUAGUUAUGUGCAGAAAACAGACAGGGGAACAGUCCAGUCCAAAUCAUACAGCUACACAUCUUCAUCCUCUUCCAAUACAAGCAAAAAAGUAGGCAGUGUGUUUGACCGUGAGGAUGAAUCAACGUCUCGCAGUGGAGGGUUGGCCGCUGUGGAACGAAGGCAGGCUGAGAGGCACAAGGAGCUGAUGAGGGCUCAGACUAUGCCCAAGGCCUCAGCCAUGCAGGCCCGCAAAGCCAUGAUAGAGAAGCUGGAGAAGGAGGGAGGCAGCCCGGUGAAUCAGGUGGUGUCCAAAGUAAACAGAGUCCAGCGUUCCACUAGCUUUGGUGUACCCAACGCAAACUCCAUCAAGCAGAUGCUGCUCGACUGGUGCCGCGCCAAGACCCGCUCAUAUGAGCAUGUGGAUAUACAAAACUUUUCAUCCAGCUGGAGCGACGGCAUGGCGUUCUGUGCCUUGGUGCACAAUUUCUUUCCAGAGGCCUUCGACUACAGCUCCCUGAGUCCCAGCAACCGCAGGCAAAACUUUGAGUUGGCCUUCACCAAUGCAGAGACGUAUGCCAACUGCAUGCCCCUGCUGGAAGUGGAGGACAUGAUGAUCAUGGGAAAAAAGCCCGACUCCAAAUGCGUCUUCACCUAUGUGCAGUCUCUGGUCAACCACCUGCGCAGACACGAGAUGGCCAUGGGUCGGCCCUGUGACCUCUGACCUGGGCCCAAUGAAUGUUCAGCCUCUGUGCGGCGUCACAUUGUUGCUGACAGACCAGGCGGGCGGGUUGUGUAUGUGUGUGCCGGUAUUUUAAUUAUUCCUGUCAGCCGUGUUGAUGUGUUGUCCUCGCCUCAAAACCAUGUAUGUAUUUUCCAAAGAAAGAAGCUAGCAUCGUACAUUUUUGCUCAGCCUCUUUCGCACAUCCACGCUUUUUAGUCUCAUCCAAUGAGAAAACAUUUUACACAACUUUUUAAGUUAUUACACAUAACUUUUUCUACAGUUGUCAUUUCCAUGAAACAAGUCUUCUCAUGCAUUAUUGGGUUUCCAUGUUGGUACUUUACAUUUUGGACCCAAUUUUGGUCACUUUAUAUAGAUUAAGUUAUUCUGGUGUCAGCAUUUUACUAUUGAAUACGUUCACACUGGGGUUUUUUUAUAUAUAUAUACACACACAGCAUAUUCAUAUCGGUGUCCGCAUAUCAGUAUAAAAUCUGCAGUGCUACUGAAAAUCAGGUUUGUACUGUGUAUGUCAUUCUUGCAGGAAAGUGUAUUGAUACACUUGAUCCGUGAGCCUGCCAUUUACCAUCUUCGCACACUUUUUAUUAUUGACAGGCAUUAUCGGGGGGCAGGUAGGGAAGAGGGCAAGAAGAAAUUAAAAAAAAACUGAACACAAAAAUAUGUGUUUUACAACAUUAAGCAAAAUGAAGAUUUUUUUGUCCAUUAUUUUAACAAUAUUUCCAUGUCUACAAUAUGAGAAAAUUCUAUUUGAUUUGACGUGGAUAAAACUAUCUACUCAAUUUAGUAGAAUUUGUAACAUAAUUCCACCUCGACGAAGCGUUAAAACAUCGGGCAGGAAGUGCUGUACAUAAGAGCUCAAACACUAUGUCAUGUUUCUGUGCACCACAGUUUAAUGUGAAUUUAUUAAAGCAUAGAAACACUCCUUUGUGUGGGACGUGUGGUUUUAUUUGUGCUGCAGGGGUCAUCUUUAUAACGAUUCUAAGAAUACCUCUAUUUUAGCGUAAAGCUUUGAACGACAUCCAUCCUUGCUGUAAGUGAAAUUAGCCUAAAAUAGUAAAAUAACUUUUUUACAGACAUAAAAAUGCAUAUUGUGUUACAGUCAUCUUAAUGUCAACUCAUUAAAUCCUUUGUCAAUAUUUUGUACGACUAUCUUUCAAGAUAAUUUUAGAUAUGUCCACUUGAUGGUGCUACCUUUUGCUCAUUCAAAGCAUGCAGCUGUGAAGGGUGAAAGGGUGUCGCUAUUGAUGGUGGCUAAUGGUGUGUUUUGGGUUUUUUUUUUCAUUCAUGGUUUUAGCUUGCGGUCACAAACAGUUGGCCGGACAUUCUCCUUCAGGAUUUUGUGGUAGAUAAACCAAAUUCACGGUUCCAUUUGUAACACCAAGUAUUCCAGGCCCUGAAGCAGCAAAAUAGCCCCAGACCAUCACACUACCACCACCAUAUUUUACUGUUGGAAUGAUGUUCUUUUACUGAAAUGUGGUGUUACUUUUAUGGCCGAUGUAAUGAGACACACCUUACAAAAACGUCAUCGUCCUGGGGCUUUCUUAUGGUGGAGCCAUGAACACUGACUUUAACUGCGCCAAAUGAGGCCUGCACUUCUUUGGAUGUUGUGGGAUCUUUUGUGACCUCUUUGAGUCGUCUCUGUGCAGUUUGUUUUGGUUGGGUUGCCACUCCUGGGAAAGUUCACCACUGUUCCAUGUUUACCAUUUGUGGAUAAUGGCUCUCACUGUGGUUUGCUGGAGUCCUCAAGCUUUAGAAAUGGCUUUGUAACCUUUUUUUACAGAC